GCGAACCUGCUCGUGCCAUCUCAUCUACUCAAUCUCUUUUAAUCAAGGCCGGUUUUCUAUCUUUUAAUCAGUAGAUCAUGCGUGAACCCAACUUUAGCGUCCCAUCACAACAUAAGGCAGCGGUCGUUAUCUCGUCGACACUGUACGAUCGACGGGCACUGGAUUGCACAGCGACACUUCCAUUGGUAAACUCGCUGACUCACCUGGCUUACAUGACGUCGACAUCACCACGCAUACGAGAGAUCCUUGCAACAGAUGGUGGACUAGAAAGACUGGUGAAGAUUCUGGCUACUUGUCAACACACAGACCGACGGUCGCUGUGGAAGUGGUCACUUGCGUUUCAGUGUGUGGUAAAUGUGGGUGUUCGUGGGACAGAGACGAUCCGGACCCGUGUGGUAAAUGCAGGCACGAUCCAUAUUGUGCUGGCGAUCCUAGAGAACUUUAUGGAUGCACUGGAGAAAGUCAAGCUUGAAAAAGAUGAACGCAAGCCAGACACUACAGUCACUGCUCUCAGUUUGCCUACUAUGCCCUUGCAUCCUUCUAGGUCUACACCCAUCACCCCCCGGAGACUUUUCAAUCUUCCCGACUCUUCUAUUCUCUCCUCUACGACAACCACAAUAGUUCCUUUUUCUACACCCACUCGCCGCACCUUCAUCAUCCGCACACCCAAAACAAAGCCAAAAACAAAACCCUCAUCCACCAGUGCUUUUAUUCCUCUCCUCUCCAACCUCACUCCCGAUGCUGUAAUUCAUCGUGAAGACGACAUUAUUCUAUCUCUUCAGCUUCUCGCCUAUCUAUCUAAAUACCCUCAGCUACGUCAGGCACUUCACACCAACCAUCAUCGUAAUGUUUUUUCUGUAGUCGAGAAAUUCACCCACCGUUUCCACCCGACCUCUAUCAUUUACUGGGCAGGUGUCAUUAUGCGCAAUGCUUGCCGCAAAGAUGAAACACAAGGUGGUCGACGACAAUGUGCCCACAUGCAGUGCGGUAAAUGGGAGCAGUAUCCACGCGAGUUUGCAAAAUGUCGACGGUGUCGCAAGGCAAAAUAUUGCUCCAAAUCCUGUCAGUCUAAGGCUUGGGCCGAGGGGCAUAGGUGGUGGUGUGUUGAAAGGACUCAAUCAGCCAAUUCUCCAGCCACCAAUGCACCCCUCAACACCACAGCUGCUGUAGUUGCAGCAGCUGUGGCGGCAGCUCCUCAGCUGCCAACAGUUACUGACCAGGUUGUUCCACUCGAUCAAACAACAGGGACUGAAGUAGUACCUAUUACUAUCGAUCAUCAAACUAUUCAAGUAGAUACAGAACCUGUAGAAGAAGACACCCAUCGUUCCUCUCUUUCUAUGAACAGUCCGGAUCAUACUCCAGAUCAGCCUAGGCGUGAUCCACGGCUCUUUUAUCAUCAUCGCAGGCGAAACUCUCGCUCUACUCGUAGCCUUGCCUCAGGCUCGUCUACAGAAGUAGAGGCGGAACCAGACACAACACAGCCACGACAUGACCUUAUGGAUGUCGACUAGAUCUACGCAAUAUCCUCUUAGUUUUUAGCCUAAUCAAUAAACAUCAUCUCUCCCCCCUUCCUC